GGAGAUGUUACGCUUUUAAAGCGUGCGAAAAUAGCAAAAAUGACACCGAGAGAUCCGUAUUUUUUGCGACUCAGCUACGUAAAAUUCUAUAUCGGAUAUGCCACGUUGAGUUAUACACUAACUCAUUCAUGAGGAUAUGUUUUAAAUAUUUGAAAACCCGUAGUUAAUUUAUUCUACUUUCUGUUUCGUUUAAACAGCGGUAUGGAAGUUACAGUUAUGUGCAAGAUUUACAUAGUUUUCCUCGUACUAUGCUGCAUAACGUGUACGAUUUCCGAUGAUAGUGCCGACGAUGAUCGCUCGUGUUCUUCUGAUGGCGAGGACUGCUCGGGAAAAUCAAGCAUGUAUACAACUAGUUCUUCACCGGCGGAAUUGCCUACAGAGACUCAUGAGCUGCUUCAUACAAUUGCUGCUUUAGAGAUGUACAGAGCUCAGAGGGAAGUAGCACAUUACAUGGAACUUGCCUAUCUACAUCUAGCUGAUCAUCCAGAGCAAGCUAAGGAGGUCCGGUUGACAGCACAUUCAGCUCGAGCCCAGCAACUGAUGACCAACGGAUUGAUGAAGAAGUUUACAGUAACAGCAGCUCAUAUUGUUAAAACAUUGAUCCCUAUGAUCAUCGACGCUGUUGUUGAACUCCAGAGUCCAGAAGUCGUGAAAGAAAUAUUUGGUCAGAUUAUUAAAAUUGCGGAGGAAAUGAAAACCGAAACUGAACAGACACAGAAACGAUAUCUUGAAAUCCAGACUGAAGUACAGAAGAAUAUGGCAAGUGUAACCAGUCGGAAUAAAGAAGUUGUUAGUGAGCAAGAAAGAUUGAAGUGGGAAAUUGAUCGAGAAAAGCAACUAGCGAGAGCCGCCAAGCUAGCUCAAGAAGAACUUGACAAGGAAAAAAAGAAGUAUGAAGAAGAGUUGAAGACAUUAACAGCAGAUAAAGAAAAAUUCAGAAAACAAGCAGAGAUGACCAAUAAGAAGAUGAAUGGGAAGAGUACAAAGAAGACAAUAUUUGAUGAUGUGUUGUCUCCAGGUGCGGCACUUAGCGGGGGUAUUGCCGGAACAGUCACUUCCUUCAUCUCAGCCGGUGUGAACAUGUUUACAGGAUUGUUUCGUUCGGACAAAAGUCAGAAAAAUUUUGAAAAAUUAAUGGACGCAUAUAGGGAUAACCAGAAGGCAAAAGAGCGAGUGAUGGGUGCAAAACUGGAUGUUAUUGGUCGAAUGCACGAACAGCGUAAAGAGGCAUUGGAAAGGUUAGCAACCUUAAAGAAGCUUGGAAUGCAAACAGCCAACUUAGGAAACGUUGAAAGUUUGAGAGAGGCGCAUGCACAACUUGGCAAUGUUGAUAGGUAGUUUACUAGAAUUAUUGAAUUCUGGUCUAACAUGGCUGCAGCUGUUAAAGCCUUACGAGAUGAAUCCACUUCAGGAAGUGUUUACCUUGCUCAAAUACAAAAUCCAAAAUUAGCAAAAAGAUUUCAAGAAUCAAUUGGUCGAGCAGAAAAGGGUUGGAAGUUUUUUGGUCGAAUCUGUAGUGACUACGUACAAGAGAGUGACACGGAAAUCUACUCCCUUUACAACUUCCUGUCAGCACCUAUAGACAAAAUGGCCACCGAAGCACGCGCACAACGUCAGCAAGAUGUGUUGCUUGAAAUUGAGGCUGACAUAGAGAACUCAUAUCCAAAAUAAGAUUUUGGAAACAAUAACUGCUUUCAUAUUAUUACUAAAGUAUAAAAUAAAACAUCCUGGGGAGCAUUUAUUGUACCAGCCUUAUUUAAAAUUCAACAAUGGCACGCAAUAUUCUGAUGUUCAUAAUGUUCUUAACCAAAAAUAGCGCACAUUUUUUUAACAUUGUGUUUGAGCUCACGAACUGAAUGUUCACGGUAAGCUAUUAAUAUCAAAAGAGGAUGCUCUGUCGUCAUUCGUCAACUCUGAAACUGCCGGGCAGAUUUACUUCAAAUUUGGUCUGUAGCAUCCUUUUGGAACUCUGGUCUGUAGCAUCCUUUUGGAACUCACACUUAAAUUUGCUAACAUCAUUUUAGUUGGCCCCUUUUAGUGGUCAACAGAGCUAAAAUAGAAGAAAAAACUUAAGCUGACCUAAUUGAUGGAUGAUCAACAAACUUUGUCUCGAGCAUUCCUAGGUAGUCUUUUAUCCAAUUUGCACAAAUUUAUUUGAUUGGCCCCUUUUAGGAGCCUCUAGAGCUAAAACUUAAAAAUCUUCUACUGAACUAAUUGAUGGAUUAUCACUUAACCUUGUCUGCAGCCAGCAUUCUUAGGUAGUAUUUUACCAAAUGAGCUCAUAUUAAUUUGAUUGGGCCAUUUAGCGGCCUUUAGAGCUAAAAAGAAAAUUUUCUUCUACUAAUUGAUAUGUGAUCACCAAACCUUGUCUGUAGCAUUCUUAUGUAGUCUUUUAUAAAUUUGCUCAUAUUAAUUUGAUUGGCCCCUUUUAAGAGCCGCUAAAGCUAAAAUUGGAAAAACCGUUAAACAUAAUUCUUCUACUGUACUAAUUGAUGGAUGAUUUGUAGCAUUCUUAUGUAGUCUUUUAUCACAUUUGCUCAUAUUAAUUAAAUUGGCCCCUUUUAAGGGUCUAAAAAGCUAAAA